UAACAUUAGGGUCCCUCGCUGACCCUUAACAUCAACACAACAUUAGGGUCCCUCACUGACCCUUAACAUCAACACAACAUUAGGGUCCCUCACUGACCCUUAACAUCAACAACAAAAACAUUAGGGUCGUCGCCCCUAAAUCAACACAACAACAAUAUUAGGGUCCCUCACUGGCCCUUAACAUCAACAACAACAUUAGGGUCAUCUAAUUUGCAAAUGAUAUUCCAUCUUCCAGUACUGAUGUUCAGGGCUAUCUUACAGUCAGCAUCCACAAUAUAAAGUGAAAUAAUGGAAGAGUGUGAGCUGCAGCCACUUGCUCAUCUUGAGGAAUUAUCCUACCAUUUGGUCUCAGACAUUAUAAAAGCCUUGAAUAAAGAGGACAAUUGGCUGAUGAUUGCAAGAGACCUUAGAAAUGGUUUGGGAGAAUAUACUUUCAGUGAAGAAGAAAUAUCAUAUAUGAAGAGAAAUCAGAAUCCUGGCCAAGCAUUACUAGAUAAACUUAAAUGCCAUAACCUUCGAAUACGAGAAUUUCAGAACAUUUUGAAAAGCUGUCAACUUUUCAGCAUUCUUAAUAAAAUUAUCACCAAUGUUCCUGUGAAGAUAAAUGCUCCAGUUGGUGAUGUUCAUCAAAACAUUAAACUAGGUGAAUCAAUUGAUAUAGUUGUUGAUGUUGAUGGAUCUCCAUACCCAGAAUUCCAGUGGUACUUUAAUGAAAGACCCCUGCAAGGUCAAACAUCUUGGAGACUACCUAUAAAUAAAUUCAGUACUGAACAGAUGGGGGUAUACUUUUGUCAGAUGAGUCAUAUCCUCAAAGGUGAAGUGAAAGAGUACAGAUCAUUCAAAUUUAUUCUGAAUAUAGAAAUAAUGCCACCAGAGAUUACAGUGGACCUUCGUGAUGUGGAGUUACUGACAGGUCGAGAGCUUUUGUUAAGCUUUGAAGCAAUGGGUUACCCUGAGCCAGAAAGCUACACAUGGUAUAAGAAUAAUGAAUUCUUUGCAAUAACCUCUGAGCCAAAGCUCAAAAUUCAAGAAGUGGACUCCCUAGUAUCAGGGUCAUAUCACUGUGAAGUUAAAAGUAAUAAAGGAAGCUGCACAUCAAGAGCUGCCACAGUCAAAGUUGUUUCACCAGUUCGUGUUCCAGUAGUUCCAGUAUUCAACAGAAAAAUAUCAGCAUCAGAAGACAAUCAUAGGCAUAAUUUAGAGAGCAUCAUUAGAGAGACUAUAUUGAAGAGAGAAGAUAGGGAUCCAUCCCAAUUGCAGUUCUCAGCUUUAUCAUCCAUAAGCACACUUCUGUAUGACGAUGUAGGAUCCCAAGUGAGAUUCACACAAGAGGAACCACUCACUGCACGUAAUAAGUGGGCUUUGAUGGUGGCAAAUACAGACUACAUGCAAGAAAACACAAAAUUAAAGACACCAAUAAAUGAUAUGAAAGUUUUGGCAAGAGAGCUCACAAAACCAAAUCUACAGUUCCGUGUUAUGAUGUACAGCAACUUAAAAAGGACUGAAUUUGUAAAUGCGGUUCAUCUGUUUAAAAAAUUUCUUAAUAAAGGAGAUUAUGUUGUAUUUUAUUUUGCGGGACAUGGAUUCAACAAUAAUGGUAUCGACUUCAUGAUGCCUUUAGACGCAAGAAUGAAAUGUAUACCUAGAGAGGAGAAUGUGGAGACACCUCCCAAUGAAGUACCAUGUCAGGGUGAUUGUAUUGCAGCUACUACUGUCACUAAUGACAUUCAAGAUACUUUUCCAGCUCUACUCUUUUCAGUCUAUGAUUCAUGUCGCUCACAGCUAUCUUGUAGAAUGAUGUUGCCAGCUACAACAGAAAAAUAUAUUCAUGCCCUUGCAAACUCUUUUACACUUUUUGCUACCUCGGAAAAUUAUGACACCUUUGAAGACAAUAACUCUUCUAUGCUAAUGGCACAUCUGAAGAACUUGGUGGGAGAGCCCAUACCUGUAGAAGUGCUGGGACAAAAGGUCAAGGAAUCUUUCCACCAUAAAUAUGAUAAGAUUCAGAAUGAUCAAAUUCCCAAAACUGUUUGCGACUUGGGACAACCACGGUCACUGACUGAUCCUUCUGUCCCAUUAGAAGAAGAUACCAAAGAGAAUGGGGUGCUUCAAAACUGGGAAAAGCUUGGAAGUCUUGGAGGUGUGAUUGAAGCAGAUAUUCGAGUUGCCCGCGCUGAUAUAAGAGUGAAUAUACAGUGCAUACAAGAAGCAUUACCAGAUGCUCAGCAAUUUCCAAGAGAUGGACCAACAUGGGUUAUUAGUAACUGUAUUCAAGUUUUAAUCACACUAUCACAGAAUAAUGAACUUUUUGAUGCUACAGUAGUUGAUAAAGAUGGGCUGGAUCUAAUUAUAAAAUUUAGUACUAACAAAGAGAUAUAUUGGAAACUGAAAGGAAGAACGAAACCAAUGGUAUGUCAUGUUGAUGGGAUUCAAACUUUGGAGGGAUGUUUGAUACUGGAAUUGUUUUUUGUCUUUAAAGAAGUAAUGUUGUGUCAAAAAGUCUUCAAUCUACAAAAGCCAUCCAUCUCCAAGGGAUUUUCACUAUACAAUGACCUGUCUUAAUGUUUGAGGUUUUUGUCUGAAAUAAAAACACAAAAUAGGACUUGAUAAGUACAAGUAUAUUUAAGAAAAAAAAAAGAGUUUUUUAUCUUGAAUUAAGUGUAUAUACCUGAUAGCAAUAUUUUAUGGUUUAGUCAUGUAUAUUAUUCUUUUUCUUUCUUUGGACAGAGUUCUGUUCCAUAUCUCAGGAAUGGAUUUUGUAAUGUAAUAAAAAAAAAUUAUUAAUAAUAAUACAAAAAAUAACAAACUUUAUUUUUAAAUAAAUAAAUAAAUAAAUAAAUAAAUAAAUAAAUAAAUAAAAUGUUUAUUCAGGUAAAAGUACAUACAUACAAGAUGAGUUACAAAGUGAAUGUUGGAUUUCUAGAUAAAGCUAGUACCUACUACUGUAUUCCUAAAGGCACUCAUACGCACAGUGUUUCGGGCAAAAGUUUCAGGUUUUUAGUUUUCUACAUAAUAUCUUUAUAACAUAUUGCAUUAACUAGAAAUUUUAUUACUUAUAUAUGAUACUAAAACUACUUUAAAUUUAUUUUCAUUAUUGGGCAGUGUAGACCAAUGAAAUAUUCUUAUCUUUUUCUUCACUUGAGAAAGAAGUUGAAAAAUUAACUGUUUGAAGUUCAUUUUACAGUUUUAUUAUGGCCUAAUGCUAAGGGUUUUGUCAUAUGUCAUGGCACUUCAAUUUCACUUGAAGAUGGAGUGUUUGCAUGUUUAGUGAAAGGCAGGUGAUGAGUUUUCUUAUCUGGUGGAGAGAUAAGUAAACUGCAUGUGUGAAAUCAGUGUGAUUGGAGAAUUGCUUGAUUAGUUUAAAUACUUGGAAUAUGCAAUUGAAAAAAAAACUUAUGCAAGCAAAGUUGAGAGCAGGGUAAGUUAAGGACGUAAAGUGGCUGAGGCAGGGAAGGUUAGGGAAGGUAUUGGAUAGAGAUGCACCCAGCGGUUCAUGUGAAUGAAUGGUAGUGUCUGCUCUUUUGUAUUUAUAUGAGAUGGUGAUAUAAAGACAAUGACACAGUAAAGAGAGUAUAGGAGAAAUUAAAAACAAUAGAGAUAGAGUAGAGAGAAAAGCAAGAGUGAGAGAGCAGAGAGUAAAACAAGAGUGAGUGUUGUAACAAGAUAAUGUUAACUGUGUAUGUACUGUGUAACUUGUAGCAACUACAAACUUUUGUACUUUCCAGCUGUGUAAUUAAAAAAGCACAAAUACUAAUAAUAGGCUGGCAUGCCAGCCAAGCACUGUGCAUUUAUAUGGAACAUUGUUUAAUUGAUAAAGAAGUGCAUUUUUCAAAUUUGUAUUAGUAGUAAAUAUUUGUCUGUAAGAAAAUGUUUUUUGUGAAAGACACUCGUGUAUGUAUUGUAUGUAUCAUAAAUGAGAGACUACAUUACUCAAUUAUUUAACUGACAAGAGUUAUAAUUUUAAGAAUCACAAUAAAUUUCUGUACAUAUAUGCAAAUUUAAUAUAAUGUAUAUACAGGUACUGAAUUCAUUCUCCAAUUCAUAAGUUAUGUUAUAGCAAAAUUUUAAUAGAAACAUCAAGUUGCUAAAUACAGUAACAAUGGAUAUGCUGUAACAUCUAUUGUAUAAGGUCUAUUUUAUAGAACAAGAUAUUAUGUAAUUAUUUAGAAUGUAAUGUGUACAAGGUAAAUUGAAUAUAUAUUUGCAGCUCUAGCUCUUUACUGCAUUAAUCUUUCUAUUUGAAUUAAAAUAAAGAAGAAUAUUGUUUACAAA